CCUUACUCCGCGUUGGGAGCUGUUACUGAACAUUUAACCAGGUUUCACUGAAAUUGAAGCAAGCUGCAGCGAUGCCUACGGUCUCUGCAGCCGCCCUAGCUACAAGGAAGAAGUCUUUUGCCAGUCUUCAUGAUGCAGUGAAAGCCAGUGAUGUGAAGGAGCUUGAGCUGAUGGUAAAAAAUGGAGCCAGCAUUAAUGAAGUUGAUCCCAUUCACAAAUUCACUCCACUGCAAUGGGCAGUACACUCGGAUAGUUUAGAGUGCCUGCAUUGGUUGCUCUGGCACGGUGCUGAUCUGACAGAUGUAACUUCCAGGGGCUGGACAGCAGCACACAUUGCAGCCAUCAGGGGUCACGAUGCCUGUAUGCAGGCCCUGGUAACAAAUGGUGCCAAUUUAACCGCAAAGGAUGAUAGAGGCUGUACUCCAUCACAUUUGGCUGCUGCCCAUGGACAUUCCUACACGCUUCAGACUAUUCUUCGCAGUGGUGCGGACACAAAUUCAACAGAUAAAACUGGUUGGAGGGGUGUCCAUUAUGCUGCUUUUCAUGGCAGGCUGGGUUGCUUGCAGCUUCUCGUCAGAUGGGGAGCAGAUGUAAAUGAAGUGGACCGUGAUGGCAAUUUACCAGUUCAUCUUGCAGCAAUGGAAGGACACUUGCAUUGCUUUAAGUUUCUUGUCUGCCAUGGAGACAGCGUGACCCAGAUACUUGGAGCCAGGAAUGAUCAAGGUGAAACCCCGAAGGAUCUUGCAAAGAGAUUCUGCAAGGAUGACAUCGUGCAGUACAUUGUAGCUGUGGAACAUGAACGAGAUCAUCCAGUAGAUCAAGAAAAUCUCGCAUUUCCAGCUCAUGUGAGUGCAUUCAAAGGAGAUCAUGAAACUCUGCGACAGCUAGUUGAAUCUGGAGUAAUUAACAUCAAUGAAAGAGAUGAUAAGGGCUGCACCCCCAUGCAUAAAGCUGCUGGGCAAGGACACAUUGGUUGCCUGCAAUGGCUCAUAGAAAUGGGAGCAGACCAACACAUCAGAAAUGAUGCUGGAGAGACACCACAAGAUGUGGCUAAGAGAUUUUCCCAGUUGGCAGCUGCUAAUCUUCUGAGUGGAGGCACAGAUGAUGAUUCUGUUGAAGAAUUGAGUAAAGACAAUCCCAACUUCUUUCGCCAACGUGGUGUAGAAGCAAGUACUGAUAAUCAGGACAACACUAACCUGAGUGCUGCUCAGAAGAGGGAAGCAAGGAUGAGGGCCUAUGAAAAAAUUGAAAAAUUUGAACGGUUAUUAGAAAUUGCAAAAAGCAACUACAGACAACUUGGAGGCAUGCUAGAGGAAGACCAUGUCCGGUGGAAGGAAGAGAAAGAAGCAGAAAGAAUGUUGCAGGAGUUGCAGAAUCAACUGGAGUAUGAACGUCUUCGCCGGGAGAAGCUGGAAUGUCAAUUGGAUGACUGUCGAGCAGAGAUAGGCCACCUAAAUCAGUGUCUGGGAAAACUGAAGACGUCUGGUGGCUCUGUGGAAGAAACUUUGGGAGAGCCUAUAAAAGGGAAACAAAAAGGAAAGAAGAAACAGGUGACCGAUUCUGGAGGUGUGUUUGUGCGACGUGUUCCUCUGACAAGGACAGUGCCAACCCCAGACCAUUUUGAUACUCCAGAAUCUUUUGCCAUAGGCACAUUCAAAUCUGUAACUAAAUCCAGACCAUAACAUUACCUGUACACAUAUUGGUCUCCCAUUGUGUCUGUUUAUAAAAAAAACUGACAACUGUCAUUAUACUAUUGUAUAAUGUGGGUGCCAAUUUUGUAACUAAUGCAAUUGCUGGUUGAUAAUGUUCUUUUUCUGAUUAUUUUACCCUUCUUGCGUGUAUCUUCAAUACCUGUUCCAUUUUUAAAUCAACAUUUUUACACUGGUUGUUUAGACAGUUUGGCUAAAAUGUUUUUGCUGAGUCAGAUUAAAUUGAGACUUCCUUAAAAUGGGGGGUUGGUACUUGCUUCUGGGAUUUCAGUUUCCAUUUCAGUUCAAUUCAGUUUCUGUUUUUCCUGCAGUUGUAGUGCAUGCUAAGGCUUGGUUAGCUCUCUCACAAACAGCACUCCCACCUUGCUGCUUCUAUUGGGCAGUAGGCAGUUUAAAUAGAACAUUACAGCACAGUACAGGCCCUUCGGCCCUCAAUGUUGUGCCAACCUGUCAUACCGAUCUCAAGCCCAUCCAACCUACACUAUUCCAUGUACGUCCAUAUGCUUGUUCAAUGACGACUUAAAUGUACCUAAAGUUGGCGAAUCUACUACCGUUGCAGGCAAAGCGUCCCAUUCCCUUACUACUCUGAGUAAAGAAACUACCUCUGACAUCUGUCCUAUAUCUUUCACCCCUCAAUUUAAAGCUAUGCCCCCUCGUGCUCGCCGUCACCAUCCUAGGAAAAAGGCUCUCCCUAUCCACCCUAUCUAACCCUCUGAUUAUUUUAUAUAUUUUAAUUAAGACACCUCUCAACCUUCUUCUCUCUAAUGAAAACAGCCUCAAGUCCCUCAGCCUUUCCUCGUAAGACCUUCCCUCCAUACCAGGCAACAUCCUAGUACAUCUCCUCUGCACCCUUUCCAAAGCUUCCACAUCCUUAUUAUAAUGCGGUGACCAGAAUACUUUUGCAUUUUAUUGUGCAAGUGUUCAUGAGGACUUAUGAGUCAUGUGGAAUCCCCUAUCCAGUGUGGGAAACCAAAACUAAUUAGUCAGUUGCUCCAGGAAUUAUCUUGUUGACAGGCUGUGAAAUGCACAAAAUAAGAUGUUCUUUGUUUCAACAGUUGGGUGCUGUAUGUAAGCUAGAUGCUUUUGAGGUAAAAACAAAAAGUACUGAAGAAACUGAACAAGCCUCACAGUGGCUGUGGAAGCAGAAACAGAGUCAAAGUUUUGAAUUCGAUAUGGUUCUUUUUAAAAUUGACUAAAAUGUUAAGUUGUUUCUCCCUACCACACCAGCUGAGAUUUUCAAACACUUUGUUUUUAUUUCAGAUUUCCAGCUUCUGUGUUAUUUUGCACUUUGUUGAAUACUUUUGAGAGGGUGUUUUGAAGCAGUUCAUGCUGGAAUUAACGAGGGAGCAAGCUAUACUAGAUUUGGAAUUGUGCAAUGUCAAAAUUGACUAAACAAAGAACUGCUAGUUGGGAAAGUGAAAUCAUAUUCAAUCAAUUUAUUGGUGUUCUUUGAAGGAGAAACACUCAUGCAUUGGUAGUGUUCUGACCUCUAAGCCAGGAGACCUGGGUUCAAGUCCCAUGUGCUCUAGAGGUCUGCAGAUGACAUCUCUGAGCUGGUUGAUUAGAAGGUAUGAAAGGAGAACAUUUGUACACUGUUGGUAUCCCUACCUCUGAUCCAGGCAACCAAGGUUCAAGACCUACAGCUCUGGGGUGCAUACUAACAUUUCUGAACUUUUUUUUGGAAAACUAUCUACAUAUAAAAAGUGAUGUGCCAUGUAGGAAUUCAUGGUGUAAGUGGUAACAUGUUUGCAUGAGUAGGAGAUUGGCUGGUUGGCAGAAAACUGAAUGCAUAAAAUAGUUGUUUUUGAUUAGUAGAAUGUGACAAGUGAAGUUCUUGAAGGUUGUGCUGAGGCUUAAACUUUUUAUUGUUUAUAUGAUGAUUUCGUUGAGGGGAUCAAAGGCAUAAGGAAGAUGUAGACUGAUUGGUGGAAUGAGUGGGCAAACAUCUGGCAGAUGGAGUUUGUUUAGAAAUGAAAGGUGCACAUUCAUAGGAACAGUUAAAAAAAAAAGCAGAGUAUUAUUUAGACAGAAUAAUCGAAGAAUUCUGAAAUGCAGAGUGUUCAGUCAAUGCUACUACUGUGUAAGUUCCAAAAAUGUUAAGUAUGUUAGGUAUUUUACAAGGAGUGAUAGGAUUCUGGAAUGUGCUGCCACGGGUGGUUGGUGGAGGCAGAUACGAUAGGGGCUUUUAGUAAGCACUUGAAUAUGCAAGGAAAAGAGGGAUGUGGACCAAAGGCUGAAGAAAGGGAUUAGUUUAAUUUGGUGUCAUGUUCGGUAUGACAUCCUGUGCUGUACUGUUCUGUGCAGUUACAGCAUAUACUUAAUGACAGUGGAAUUCUAGCCUUUGUUAUAAGCAGAAUUGAACAUAAAAGUAAGGAUUUAUGCUUCAAUUAUACAUGGAAUUAUUGAGACCAUAUCUCCUCUUUGCAGUUUUUAUACGCUUAUUUAAAGACGUAAAUAUAUUGGGGUGGUUCAGAAAAAGUUUAUUGGAUUGAUACCUGGAAUUAGCAGGUUGUCACAUGAUGAUAGGUCAGACAGACUGGGCUGUGACUCGAUUGAAGUGUAUAAGAUCCCGAAUGGCAUUGACCAGCUGGAUAUAGAAAGGAUGUUUUCUUUCCUGGGUGAGUGAGGAACAAGGGAUACUGUUUAAAAAUUAAGGGUUUUAGGACCAAUCAAGAGAACGUUUUUUUCCUGUGACAGUUGUGUGACUUUGGAACUCUCUGCCUUAGAAGACACAGGGUCAUUUGAUAUCUUUGGGGAGGAGGUUUAUAGACACUUACACUAGGGAAUCUAAGGCGAUUGUAGGUAACUGGGAAUGGGGAAUUUGAAGCACAAGUGGAUCAGUUAUGAUUUCUGUUUUUAAACUCAUUCAGGGGGUGUAAACAUUCAAAUCAGGAUGGUGAGUGGCUCAGAGGGGAACUUGCAUUUGGUGGUGCUCCCAUAUAUUUUGGCCUUCCUGAUUGUCAUGGUGUGGAUUUGGAAGGUGUUGCCUAAGGAGCUUUGCUAAAUCUCUGCAAGCUGUGGAUGGUACUCACUGUUGCUAAUGAGCAUCGGUGGUUGAGAGAACUGUGGAUAUUGUGCCAGUCUAAUGGGCUGCUUUGUCUUAGAUGGUGCCGAGCUUCUUGAUUGUUGUGGAUCUGCACUCAUCCAGGCAAAUGGGGACUAUUCCAACACACUCCUGACUUGUACCUUGUACAAGCUUUGGAGAAUCAGGAAUUACUCGCUAGAAUUCCUAGCCCCUGAUCUGUUGUUGUAGCCACAGUCUAGUUCAGUUUCUGGUCAAUAGCAAUGCCCAGCAUAUUGAUAACAUGGGAUUCAGUGAUGGUAAUUUCAUUGAGUGCAGAGGGGUGAUGGUUAGAUUCUCUCCUCUAGGUACGACUCCAACCAUUUAUUGAACGGCAGUGCAGGCUCAAGGGGCUGUAUGUUCUACUUCUGCUCUUGAUUUCUAUGUUCACAUGCUAAUCUGCCUACAGUGAAUACUGUGGGGGUGGCUAUGGAAGAUGUUUUGGUUUAAGAGGGAUGAAGGGUCAUAUAAGGAGGAAUGGGUUUUCAGAGAUUAUGAAGGACCACAUCUAUGUAUGUGGUGUGGACACAGGUAUGAACAAUGGCAGGAUUUCCAGCCACUUCAUCUCCUUCCUGAUACCUCUUCUGGUCUAUCACUGAAGAAGCAAGCCCAGCAGUACCGUGCCAACCUCCAAUGGAACAAAGGUAAAGUGGAUACAACCUCUUUAAAAGAAGACAGAUCCUAGCCAGGAAGUUGAUCAAUUCAACUUCCUUGCUAUCUCCACAAAUAUAAAUGUUGGGCUGGGUUUUUAAGAGCUUGGAACACAAUUGAAGUACUUGCACUCAUCAUGUGAAUCAAAUAUGCUUAGAAAUCUAAUUUGAAUUGUGCUCUUAACUUAGAUGCAGAAUUAUUUAAUUGUCAUAACUUGGUAUUGAUACUUUCAUAAAUACUAAUAUUUGCAAUUAUGAAAAAUUUUAAAAUGUAUUUUAAAAAUAAUUAAAUGAUCACAUUUCCAUGUAACACACCAUGUUGUUUCAAAAGCUUUAGCAAUGCUGUUUAAAUAAAUUACUGAAACAUAACACACCAAGUUUAGACUAGAGAUAUGAUGAAGUGAAUAGCUCUGAUUUUUAUCAAUUCUAAUUAGUGGAGAGUCUGUGUCAAGAAGGGUCAGUAGAAAGCAGGAAGGAGAACAGAAGACAAGGAGGAUGGAUGGUCAAGGGUAGAUGAGGGGAGAAAUGGAGAGGAAAAGUAAAGCAAUGAAAGGGGUCUGUGAAGGGGAGUUUGUGGGAGAACAAAAGCAGAAUGGGGAGGAAGGGGAAUUUUAUUCUUGAUAUUGAUGCAACACAGUUUUUUUUAAAUUGGAAAACAUUUUGAGCACAGGUGCCUUGUGUAUCAGUAGGCUAGCUGACUACUGCAGGAACUAAUGCUCAAAUAUAAGCAACUGGCUAAGAGCCAGGAGGAAAAAAAUAGCAGCUGCAAAGGUUGUAAAGCUGGGCUUACAGUGAACACUACCUGGAAAGGACCGACAGCAAUAUUGUUGUGACAGAGAAGAAGCAAAGUUAAUGUAACGUUCCCCCUUUUGUUUCAUUUUGAAACUCACCAUUACAAGAAGAGUGUAUGCUGAAAGGCUCAGAACCAUGGAAUGCUUCCUGACGACCAGUGGCUGUUGCUGCACGCAGUCAGACAGCAGUGCUUGAUAUUUUCACUGCAUUUCUUUGGUAACUGACAUUAGUGAUGUUAGCAGCAAGCUAUGCUUGAAUCUGCUUCAAUCACCAUUUUAGGCAUUGCAUUUCAGAUUGCAAUUUGCUGUGCUUUUUUAAAAAAAAUCUUAUAUCCCUCCUCGUGUUCUUGCAAUAUUUUCAAAUUUUCUGCAUCUCCAAACCCUUCACAAUUUUGAAGAUUUCUAUUAAAAUUGCCCAUUAACUUUCUCUGGUCCAGGGAGAACAAUCUAAACUCCAUCAAUCUCUCCAGGUGACUGCACUCUUUUCACCCCAGAUGAUAUUCUAACAAAGUUCUGCACACCCCCCCACCAGCCUGACAUCCUUCCGAACGUGAAAAUGCAGAGCAAAGCAUCUCUUGACAAGUGGCUAGGGAUUCAGUCCCCACACUAAUAAUGGUUUGUAAGUGGCAGUCAAACUGGCAGGGAUCUGCUGGCAGUUCCUCAAACCAUCUAUUUAAGGGACAGUAUUAGAGAAUGGAAAGUGAAGGGUGUGCACAGGGAAUUCCUGUGCAGUAACUAUUUUGUAAUUCAGUUGAAGAGCUGAAAACUCUGGAUACAAUGAGUAGUUGUUUUGUGGCUUAAAACAGAAUGGAAAUAAAAUGCUCUGAAAUGUUAAAAUCAAGACUUAAAUAAAGAAAGAAGCAGCUGAUUAGUAGCAUGUUGAUAUAGGGACACCUGGUGGACAGGAAGGCAUUACUAACAUUUCUCAAGAUUUUAACACUGACAAUCCUAUUAUUGCAGCAAUUUUACAUAGAACGUACACAGAAACCGGCCAUUUGGUCCAUGGACCAACAAAAUACAUUGAAAACCCAUGUCAACUGGUUUCAUUGAUAAUGGGAACCGCAGAUGCUGGAGAAUCCAAGAUAAUAAAAUGUGAGGCU